AUGCACCUGCUGACAGACAGGACCACAGGACCAGGGGAGCUGCUAUCCCUACUUUAUUGCCAUAGGGAGCCACUACACUACACUGAUGGCAUGGAGAGACAGCUUGUUGCUGUCACUGCAGAGCCUAUUGGUGAGUUAGGAGGACAAGCUGUCACUGCAGAGCCUGUUGGUGAGUUAGGAGGAGGGAGGCUGCUUCCUGGCCUUUAUAAGUCUGGAAGAAGCAGAGGUACGUAUAUUACCAAUAUUAUGCUACAGUAAGUAUGGUACCGUAUAAAGGGUUCCUUGCUUUUUACCUAGCUCCAUUCAGUCUAGCUUGGUAGUCCACUCAAAAUACAACCUAACAUGAUUUUCUACCUCCCUUCACUGUAGCCCAGUCACUAGCAAGUCUUUUUAAUAAUGUGCUUACUCAUUACAGCCAUAGGUCUACAGUAGUGUCAGAAAACACUGGGUCUAUUCUCCAAUUCUACACAGUCAUUAAUAUAAACACUUGUGAAGUAAGUGACUAGCACAUGUAACAGUGUUGCUUCCGUCCCUCUCCUCGCCCCUACCUGGGCUUGAACCAGGGACCCUUUGCACACAUCGACAACAGUCACCCUCGAAGCAUCGUUGCCCGUCGCUCCACAAAAGCCGCGGCCCUUGCAGAGCAAGGGAAACAACUACUUCAAGGUCUCAGAGCGAGUGACGUCAUCGAUUUGAAACGCUACUAGCGCGCACCGCUAACUAGCUAGCCAUUUCACACCGGUUACACUCACCCCCCCUUUGACCUCCUCCUUUUCCGCAGCAACCAGUGAUCCGGGUCAACAGCAUCAAUGUAACAGUGUUGCUUCUGUCCCUCUCCUCGCCCCUACCUGGGCUUGAACCAGGGACCCUCUGCACACAUCGACAACAGUCACCCUAGAAGCAUCGUUACCCAUUGCUCCACAAAAGCCAUUUCACACCGGUUACACACUCGGCGCAGACACCCAUGCAUACCCCACAAGACAUGCCACCAGGGGUCUUUUCACAGUCCCCAAGUCCAGAACAGACUGGGAAAUGCACAGUACUACAUAGAGCCAUGACUACAUGGAACUCUAUUCCACAUCAAGUAACUCAAGCAAGCAGUAAAAUCAGAUUUGAAAAAACAUAAAACCAUCUUCUGGAACAAUGCGGACUGUAAAGAGACACACACAUGCACAAACACUCUACACGUACAUUGUAAUAUUGUGGUAUUAUAAAUGUUGUAGUGUAGAUACACUAACGGUCAAAGUUUUAGAACAACUACUCAUUCAAGGGUUUUAUUUGUACUGUUUUCUACAUUGUAGAAUAAUAGUGAAGACAUCAAAACUAUGAAAUAACACAUUUGGAAUCAUGUAGUAACCAAAAAAGUGUUAAACUAAUCUAAAUAUAUUUUAGAUUUCAGAUUCUUCAAAUAGCCAUCCUUUGCCUUGAUGACAGCCUUGCACACUCUUGGCAUUCUCUCAACCAGCUUCAUGAGGUAGUCACCUGGAAUGAUUUUUCAAUUAACAGCUGUGCCUUCUUAAAAGUUAAUUUGUGGAAUUUAUUUCCUUAAUGCGUUUGAGCCAAUCAGUUGUGUUGUGACAAGGUAUACAGAAGAUAGCCCUAUUUGGUAAAAGACCAAGUCCAUAUUAUGGCAAGAACAGCUCAAAUAAGCAAAGGGAAACGACAGUCCAUCAUUACUUUAAGACAUGAAGGUCAGUCAAUCCGGAACAUUUCAAGAACUUUGAAAGUUUCUUCAAGUGCAGUCACAAAAACCAUCAAGCGCCAAGAGUGUGCAAAGCUGUCAUCAAGGCAAAGGGUGGCUACUUUGAAGAAUCUAAAAUCUAAAAUAUAUUUUGAUUUGUUUAACACUUUUUUGGUUACUACAUGAAUCCAAAUGUGUUAUUUCAUAGUUUUGAUGUCUUCACUAUUAUUAUACAAUGUAGAAAAUAGUAAAAAUUAAGAAAAACCCUUCAAUGAGUAGGUGUUAUAAAACUUUUGACCGGUAGUGUAUGUAGUGGUAGAGUAGUGGUGUAAUAAUGUGUUGUAUGAUGUACAGUUUUAUUUAGAUUUUUUUGUAUGUAAUUGCCUUAAUCCUGUUUGGACCCCAGGAAGAGUAGCUGCUGCUUUGGCAGGGACUAAUGGGGAUACUUAAUAAAUGCACAUACAAAUGUGGUUACAGUCACUGUAAGACAAAAUAAAAAGUGUUUUAAAUGAUUUGAAAUGCCUCCAAAACAUGUCCACCGUAUCCAAGCUGCACGUGUGACCUGUCUCUGCACUAAUCUUCACUUUCUGGAAGCCCUUACCCUGGACAUUGGGAGGGAAGUACAAUGUCCCCUAGUUACCACCUUCACUACCACUGUAAACAGAGGCUGUGGUGAAAAUGGUUAAUUACCAUACAACCAUAUUCCGGAGCAACUCACUCCAAACCUAGUCCUGGGACCUGGUCCAUGUAAGCCUACCACCUGCUAACAGUAAGUAACUGUGUUGUAGUACCACCUGCUAACAGUAAUUAACUGUGUUGUAGUACCACAUGCUAACAGUAACUGUUGGAGUACCACCUGCUAACAGUAACUGUGUUGUAGUACCACCUGCUAACAGUAAGUAACUGUGUUGUAGUACCACCUGCUAACAGUAAGUAACUGUGUUGGAGUACCACCUGCUAACAUUAACUGUGUUGGAGUACCACCUGCUAACAGUAACUGUGUUGUAGUACCACCUGCUAACAGUAACUGUGUUGGAGUACCACCUGUUAACAGUAACUGUGUUGGAGUACCAAUUGCUAACAGUCACUGUGUUGUAGUACCACCUGCUAACAGUAACUGUGUUGGAGUACCACCUGCUAACAGUAAGUAACUGUGUUGGAGUACCACAUGCUAACAGUAACUGUGUUGUAUUACCACCUGCUAACAGUAACUGUGUUGUAGUACCGCCUGCUAACAGUAAGUGUUUUGUAGUACCACCUGCUAACAGUAACUGUGUUGUUGUACCACCUGCUAACAGUAACUGUGUUAUAGUACCACCUGCUAACAGUCACUAUGUUGUAGUACCACCUGCUAACAGUAACUGUUUUGGAGUACCACCUGCUAACAGUAAGUAACUGUGUUGGAGUACCACCUGCUAACAGUAAGUAACUGUUGGAGUACCACCUGCUAACAGUAAGUAACUGUGUUGGAGUACCACCUGCUAACAGUAACUGUGUUGUAGUACCACCUGCUAACAGUCACUGUGUUGUAGUACCACCUGCUAACAGUAACUGUGUUGUAGUACCACCUGCUAACAGUAACUAACUGUGUUGGAGUACCACCUACUAACAGUAAGUAACUGUGUUGGAGUACCACCUGCUAACAGUAACUGUGUUGGAGUACCACCUGCUAACAGUAAGUGUGUUGUAGUACCACCUGCUAACAGUAACUGUGUUGGAAUACCACCUGCUAACAGUAAGUAACUGUGUUGGAGUACCACCUGCUAACAGUAACUGUGUUGUAGUACCACCUGCUAACAGUCACUGUGUUGUAGUACCACCUGCUAACAGUAACUGUGUUGUAGUACCACCUGCUAACAGUAACUAACUGUGUUGGAGUACCACCUGCUAACAGUAAGUAACUGUGUUGGAGUACCACCUGCUAACAGUAACUGUGUUGGAGUACCACCUGCUAACAGUAAGUGUGUGUUGGAGUACCACCUGCUAACAGUAACUGUGUUGUAGUACCACCUGCUAACAGUAACUGUGUUGUAGUACCACCUGCUAACAGUAACUGUGUUGGAGUACCACCUGCUAACAGUAAGUAACUGUUUUGGAGUACCACAUGCUAACAGUAACUGUGUUGUAUUACCACCUGCUAACAGUAACUGUGUUGUAGUACCACCUGCUAACAGUAACUGUGUUGUAGUACCGCCUGCUAACAGUAAGUGUUUUGUAGUACCACCUGCUAACAGUAACUGUGUUGGAGUACCACCUGCUAACAGUAACUGUGUUGUUGUACCACCUGCUAACAGUAACUGUGUUGUAGUACCACCUGCUAACAGUAACUAUGUUGUAGUAACCACCUGCAACAGUAACUGUUUGUGGAGUACCACCUGCUAACAGUAAGUAACUGUGUUGGAGUACCACCUGCUAACAGUAAGUAACUGUGUUGGAGUACCACCUGCUAACAGUAAGUAACUGUGUUGGAGUACCACCUGCUAACAGUAACUGUGUUGGAGUACCACAUGCUAACAUUAACUGUGUUUUAGUACCACCUGCUAACUGUAACUGUUGUAGUACCACCUGCUAACAGUAACUGUGUUGUAGUACCACCUGCUAAAAGUAACUGUUGGAGUACCACCUUGCUAACAGUAACUGUGUUGUAUACCACAUUCUAUCAGUAACUGUGUUGUAGUACCUCCUGCUAAUGGUAACUGUGUUGUAGUACCACUUGUUAACAGUACCUGUGUUGUAGUACCACCUGCUAACAGUAACUGUGUGUUGUAGUACCACAUGCUAACAGUAAGUAACUGUGUUGGAGUACCACCUGCUAACAGUAAGUAACUGUGUUGUAGUACCACAUGCUAACAGUAAGUAACUGUGUUGGAGUACCACCUGCUAACAGUAAGUAACUGUGUUGGAGUACCACCUGCUAACAGUAAGUGUUUUGUAGUACCACCUGCUAACAGUAACUGUGUUGGAGUACCACCUGCUAACAGUAACUGUGUUGUUGUACCACCUGCUAACAGUAACUGUGUUGUAGUACUACCUGCUAACAGUAACUAUGUUGUAGUACCACCUGCUAACAGUAACUGUUUUGGAGUACCACCUGCUAACAGUAAGUAACUGUGUUGGAGUACCACCUGCUAACAGUAAGUAACUGUGUUGGAGUACCACCUGCUAACAGUAACUGUGUUGGAGUACCACAUGCUAACAUUAACUGUGUUUUAGUACCACCUGCUAACUGUAACUGUUGUAGUACCACCUGCUAACAGUAACAGUGUUGUAUUACCACCUGCUAAAAGUAACUGUUGGAGUACCACCUGCUAACAGUAACUGUGUUGUAGUACCACAUUCUAUCAGUAACUGUGUUGUAGUACCUCCUGCUAAUGGUAACUGUGUUGUAGUACCACUUGCUAACAGUACCUGUGUUGUAGUACCACCUGCUAACAGUAACUGUGUGUUGUAGUACCACAUGCUAACAGUAAGUAACUGUGUUGGAGUACCACCUGCUAACAGUAAGUAACUGUGUUGUAGUACCACAUGCUAACAGUAAGUAACUGUGUUGGAGUACCACCUGCUAACAGUAAGUAACUGUGUUGGAGUACCACCUGCUAACAGUAAGUAACUGUGUUGGAGUACCACCUGUUAACAGUAAGUAACUGUGUUGUAGUACCACCUGCUAACAGUAAGUAACUGUGUUGGAGUACCACCUGCUAACAUUAACUGUGUUGGAGUACCACCUGCUAACAGUAACUGUGUUGGAGUACCACAUGCUAACAGUAACUGUGUUGUAGUACCACCUGCUAACAGUCACUGUGUUGUAGUACCACCAGCUAACAGUAAGUAACUGUGUUGGAGUACCACCUGCUAACAGUAACUGUGUUGGAGUACCACCUGCUAACAGUAAGUGUGUGUUGGAGUACCACCUGCUAACAGUAACUGUGUUGUAGUACCACCUGCUAACAGUAACUGUGUUGGAGUACCACCUGCUAACAGUAACUGUGUUGGAGUACCACCUGCUAACAGUCAAUGUGUUGUAGUACCACCUGCUAACAGUAACUGUGUUGGAGUACCACCUGCUAACAGUAAGUAACUGUGUUGGAGUACCACAUGCUAACAGUAACUGUGUUGUAUUACCACCUGCUAACAGUAACUGUGUUGUAGUACCGCCUGCUAACAGUAAGUGUUUUGUAGUACCACCUGCUAACAGUAACUGUGUUGGAGUACCACCUGCUAACAGUAACUGUGUUGUUGUACCACCUGCUAACAGUAACUGUGUUGUAGUACCACCUGCUAACAGUAACUAUGUUGUAGUACCACCUGCUAACAGUAACUGUUUUGGAGUACCACCUGCUAACAGUAAGUAACUGUGUUGGAGUACCACCUGCUAACAGUAAGUAACUGUGUUGGAGUACCACCUGCUAACAGUAAGUAACUGUGUUGGAGUACCACCUGCUAACAGUAAGUAACUGUGUUGGAGUACCACCUGCUAACAGUAACUGUGUUGUAGUACCACCUGCUAACAGUCCCUGUGUUGGAGUACCACCUGCUAACAGAUACCGUGUUGUAGUACCACCUGCUAACAGUAACUGUGUUGUAGUACCACCUGCUAACAGUAACUGUGUUGUAGUACCACCUGCUAACAGUAACUAACUGUGUUGGAGUACCACCUGCUAACAGUAAGUAACUGUGUUGGAGUACCACCUGCUAACAGUAACUGUGUUGUAGUACCACCUGUUACAGUAACUGUGUUGGAGUACAACCUGCUAACAGUAAGUAACUGUGUUGGAGUACCACCUGUUAACAGUAAAUGUGUUGGAGUACCACCUGCUAACAGUAACUGUGUGAUGUAGUACCACCUGCUAACAGUAACUGUGUUUGUAGUACCACCUGCUAACAGUAACGGUGUUUGUAGUACCUCCUGCUAACAGUAACUCUGUGUUGUAGUACCACCUGCUAACAGUAACUGUGGUUGGAGUACCACAUGCUAACAUUAACUGUGUUGGAGUACCACAUGCUAACAGUAACUGUGUUGUAGUACCACCUGCUAACAGUCACUGUGUUGUAGUACCACCUGCUAACAGUAAGUAACUGUGUUGGAGUACCACCUGCUAACAGUCACUGUGUUGGGUACCACCUGCUAACAGUAAGUGUGUGUUGGAGUACCACCUGCUAACAGUAACUGUGUUGGAGUACCCCUGCUAACAGUAACUGUGUUGGAGUAACCACCUGCUUACAGUCACUGUGUUGUAGUACCACCUGCUAACAGUACUGUGUUGGAGUACCACCUGCUACAGUAAGUAACUGUGUUGGAGUACCACAUGCUAACAGUAACUGUGUUGUAUUACCACCUGCUAACAGUCACUGUGUUGUUGUACCACCUGCUAACAGUAACUGUGUUGUAGUACCACCUGCUAACAGUAACUAUGUUGUAGUACCACCUGCUAACAGUAACUGUUUUGGAGUACCACCUGCUAACAGUAAGUAACUGUGUUGGAGUACCACCUGCUAACAGUAACUGUGUUGUAGUACCACCUGCUAACAGUAACUGUGUUGGAGUACCACCUGCUAACAGUAAGUGUGUGUUGGAGUACCACCUGCUAACAGUAACUGUGUUGGAGUACCCCCUGCUAACAGUAACUGUGUUGGAGUACCACCUGCUAACAGUCACUGUGUUGUAGUACCACCUGCUAACAGUAACUGUGUUGGAGUACCACCUGCUAACAGUAAGUAACUGUGUUGGAGUACCACAUGCUAACAGUAACUGUGUUGUAUUACCACCUGCUAACAGUCACUGUGUUGUUGUACCACCUGCUAACAGUAACUGUGUUGUAGUACCACCUGCUAACAGUAACUAUGUUGUAGUACCACCUAAUAACAGUAACUGUUUUGGAGUACCACCUGCUAACAGUAAGUAACUGUGUUGGAGUACCACCUGCUAACAGUAAGUAACUGUGUUGGAGUACCACAUCCUAACAGUAACUGUGUUGGAGUACCACAUGCUAACAGUAACUGUGUUGUAGUACCACCUGCUAACAGUAACUGUGUUGGGGUACCACCUGCUAACAGUAACUGUGUUGUUGUACCACCUGCUAACAGUAACCGUGUUGUAGUACCACCUGCUAACAGUAAAUGUGUUGGAGUACCACCUGCUAACAGUCACUGUGUUGUAGUACCACCUGCUAACAGUAACUGUGUUGUAGUACCACCUGCUAACAGUAAGUAACUGUGUUGGAGUACCACAUGCUAACAGUAAGUAACUGUGUUGGAGUACCACCUGCUAACAGUAAGUAAAUGUGUUGGAGUACCACAUGCUAACAGUAACUGUGUUGGAGUACCACAUGCUAACAGUAACUGUGUUGUAGUACCACCUGCUAACAGUAACUGUGUUGGGGUACCACCUGCUAACAGUAACUGUGUUGUUGUACCACCUGCUAACAGUAACCGUGUUGUAGUACCACCUGCUAACAGUAAAUGUGUUGGAGUACCACCUGCUAACAGUCACUGUGUUGUAGUACCACCUGCUAACAGUAACUGUGUUGUAGUACCACCUGCUAACAGUAAGUAACUGUGUUGGAGUACCACAUGCUAACAGUAAGUAACUGUGUUGGAGUACCAACUGCUAACAGUAAGUAACUGUGUUGGAGUACCACAUGCUAACAGUAACUGUGUUGUAUUACCACCUGCUAACAGUAACUGUGUUGUAGUACUGCCUGCUAACAGUAAGUGUUUUGUAGUACCACCUGCUAACAGUAACUGUGUUGGAGUACCACCUGCUAACAGUAACUGUGUUGUUGUACCACCUGCUAACAGUAACUGUGUUGUAGUACCACCUGCUAACAGUAACUAUGUUGUAGUACCACCUGCUAACAGUAACUGUUUUGGAGUACCACCUGCUAACAGUAAGUAACUGUGUUGGAGUACCACCUGCUAACAGUAAGUAACUGUGUUGGAGUACCACCUGCUAACAGUAAGUAACUGUGUUGGAGUACCACCUGCUAACAGUAACUGUGUUGUAGUACCACCUGCUAACAGUCCCUGUGUUGGAGUACCACCUGCUAACAGAUACCGUGUUGUAGUACCACCUGCUAACAGUAACUGUGUUGUAGUACCACCUGCUAACAGUAACUGUGUUGUAGUACCACCUGCUAACAGUAACUAACUGUGUUGGAGUACCACCUGCUAACAGUAAGUAACUGUGUUGGAGUACCACCUGCUAACAGUAACUGUGUUGUAGUACCACCUGUUAACAGUAACUGUGUUGGAGUACAACCUGCUAACAGUAAGUAACUGUGUUGGAGUACCACCUGUUAACAGUAAAUGUGUUGGAGUACCAUCUGCUAACAGUAACUGUGUGAUGUAGUACCACCUGCUAACAGUAACUGUGUUGUAGUACCACCUGCUAACAGUAACGGUGUUGUAGUACCUCCUGCUAACAGUAACUCUGUGUUGUAGUACCACCUGCUAACAGUAACUGUGUUGGAGUACCACAUGCUAACAUUAACUGUGUUGGAGUACCACAUGCUAACAGUAACUGUGUUGUAGUACCACCUGCUAACAGUCACUGUGUUGUAGUACCACCUGCUAACAGUAAGUAACUGUGUUGGAGUACCACCUGCUAACAGUCACUGUGUUGGAGUACCACCUGCUAACAGUAAGUGUGUGUUGGAGUACCACCUGCUAACAGUAACUGUGUUGGAGUACCCCCUGCUAACAGUAACUGUGUUGGAGUACCACCUGCUAACAGUCACUGUGUUGUAGUACCACCUGCUAACAGUAACUGUGUUGGAGUACCACCUGCUAACAGUAAGUAACUGUGUUGGAGUACCACAUGCUAACAGUAACUGUGUUGUAUUACCACCUGCUAACAGUCACUGUGUUGUUGUACCACCUGCUAACAGUAACUGUGUUGUAGUACCACCUGCUAACAGUAACUAUGUUGUAGUACCACCUGCUAACAGUAACUGUUUUGGAGUACCACCUGCUAACAGUAAGUAACUGUGUUGGAGUACCACCUGCUAACAGUAAGUAACUGUGUUGGAGUACCACAUCCUAACAGUAACUGUGUUGGAGUACCACAUGCUAACAGUAACUGUGUUGUAGUACCACCUGCUAACAGUAACUGUGUUGGGGUACCACCUGCUAACAGUAACUGUGUUGUUGUACCACCUGCUAACAGUAACCGUGUUGUAGUACCACCUGCUAACAGUAAAUGUGUUGGAGUACCACCUGCUAACAGUCACUGUGUUGUAGUACCACCUGCUAACAGUAACUGUGUUGUAGUACCACCUGCUAACAGUAAGUAACUGUGUUGGAGUACCACAUGCUAACAGUAAGUAACUGUGUUGGAGUACCAACUGCUAACAGUAAGUAACUGUGUUGGAGUACCACCUGCUAACAGUAACUGUGUUGGAGUACCACCUGCUAACAGUAAGUAACUGUGUUGGAGUACCACUUGCUAACACUAACUGUGUUGGAGUACCACAUGCUAACAGUAACUGUGUUGUAGUACCACCUGCUAACAGUCCCUGUGUUGGAGUACCACCUGCUAACAGAUACCGUGUUGUAGUACCACCUCCUAACAGUAACUGUGUUGUAGUACCACCUGCUAACAGUAACUGUGUUGUAGUACCACCUGCUAACUGUAAGUAACUGUGUUGGAGUACCACCUGCUAACAGUAAGUAACUGUGUUGGAGUACCACUUGCUAACAGUAACUGUGUUGGAGUACCACAUGCUAACAUUAACUGUGUUGUAGUACCACCUGCUAACUGUAACUGUGUUGUAGUACCACCUGCUAACAGUAAUAAUAAUAAUAAUAAUAAUAAUAAUAAUAAUAUGCCAUUUAGCAGACGCUUUUAUCCAAAGCGACUUACAGUCAUGCGUGCAUACAUUUUUGUGUAUGGGUGGUCCCGGGGAUCGAACCCACUACCUUGGCGUUACAAGCGCCGUGCUCUACCAGCUGAGCUACAGAGGACCACUGUAACACUGUUGUAUUACCACCUGCUAAAAGUAACUGUGUUGGAGUACCACCUGCUAACAGUAACUGUGUUGUAGUACCACCUUCUAACAGUAACUGUGUUGUAGUACCUCCUGCUAAUGGUAACUGUGUUGUAGUACCACUUGCUAAUAGUAACUGUGUUGUAGUACCUCCUGCUAACAGUAACUGUGUUGUAGUACCACCUGCUAACAGUAAAUGUGUUUGAGUACCACCUGCUAACAGUAACUCUGUUAUAGUACCACCUGCUAACAGUAACUGUGUGUUGUAGUACCUCCUGCUAACAGUAACUGUGUUGUAGUACCACCUGCUAACAGAAACUGUGUUGGAGUACCACCUGCUAACAGUUACUGUAUUGGAGUACCACCUGCUAACAGUAACUGUGUUGUAGUACCACCUGCUAACAGUAACUGUGUUGGAGUACGAUCUGCUAACAGUAACUGUGUUGGAGUACCACCUGCUAACAGUAACUGUGUUGUAGUACCACCUGCUAACAGUAACUGUGUUGUAGUACCACCUGCUAACAGUAAUUGUGUUGUAGUACCACCUGCUAACAGUAACUAUGUUGUAGUACCACCUGCUAACAGUAACUGUUUUGGAGUACCACCUGCUAACAGUAAGUAACUGUGUUGGAGUCCCACCUGCUAACAGUAACUGUGUUGGAGUACCACCUGCUAACCGAUACCGUGUUGUAGUACCACCUGCUAACAGUAACUGUGUUGUAGUACCACCUUCUAACUGUAACUGUGUUGUAGUACCACCUGCUCACAGGAACUGUGUUGUAGUACCACCUGCUAACAGUACGUGUUUUGUAGUACCACCUGCUAACAGUACGUGUUUUGGAGUACCACCUGCUAACAGUCACUGUGUUGGAGUACCACCUGCUAACAGUCACUGUGUUUUAGUACCACCUGGUAACAGUAACUGUGUUGUAGUACGACUUUCUAACAGUAACUGUGUUGUAGUACCACCUGCUCACAGUAACUGUGUUGUAGUACCACCUGCUAACAGUAAAUGUUUUUGAGUAACACCUGCUAACAGUAACUGUGUUGUAGUACCACCUGCUAACAGUAACUGUGUUGUAUUGCCACCUGUUAACAGUAACUGUGUUGGAGUACAACCUGCUAACAGUAAGUAACUGUGUUGUAGUACAACUUGCUAACAGUAACUGUGUGUUGUAGUACCACCUGCUAACAGUAAGUAACUGUGUUGGAGUAUCACCUGCAAAAAAUAAGUAACUGUUGUAGUACCACCUUCUAACACUAACUGUGUUGGAGUACCACAUGCUAACAGUAACUGUGUUGUAGUACCACCUGCUAACAGUCCCUGUGUUGGAGUACCACCUGCUAACAGAUACCGUGUUGUAGUACCACCUGCUAACAGUAACUGUGUUGGAGUACCACCUGCUAACAGUAACUGUGUUGUAGUACCACCUGCUAACAGUAACUGUGUUGUAGUACCACCUACUAACAGUAACUGUGUUUGAGUACCACCUGCUAACAGUAAGUAACUGUGUUGGAGUACCACCUGCUAACAGUAAGUAACUGUGUUGGAGUACCACCUGCUAACAAUAAGUAACUGUGUUGGAGUACCACCUGCUAACAGUAAGUAACUGUGUUGGAGUCCCACCUGCUAAUAGUAAGUAACUGUGUUGGAGUACCACCUGCUAACAAUAACUGUGUUGGAGUACCACCUGCUAACAAUAAGUAACUGUUGGAGUAUAUCCUGCUAACAGUAACUGUGUUGUAGUACCACCUGCUAACAGUAACUGUGUUGGAGUACCACAUGCUAACAGUACCUGUGUUGUAGUACCACCUGCUAACAGUAACUGUGUUGUAGUACCUUGUGCUAACAGUAACUGUGUUGUAGUACCACCUGCUAACAGUAACUGUUUUGUAGUACCACCUGCUAACAGUAAGUAACUGUGUUGGAGUACCACCUGCCAACAGUAAGUAACUGUGUUGUAGUACCACCUGCUAACAGUAACUGUGUUGUAGUACCACCUUCUAACUGUAACUGUGUUGUAGUACCACCUGCUCACAGGAACUGUGUUGUAGUACCACCGACUAACAGUAACUGUGUUGGAGUACCACCUGCUAACAGUAACUGUGUUGGAGUACCUCCUGCUAACAGUAACUGUGUGUUGUAGUACCACCUGCUAACAGUAACUGUGUUGGAUUACCAUCUGCUAACAGUAACUGUGUGUUGUAGUACCACCUGUUAACAGUAACUGUUUUGGAGUACCACCUGCUAACAGUAAGAAACUGUGUUGGAGUACCACCUGCUAACAAUAAGUAAAUGUUGGAGUACCACCUGCUAACAGUAACUGUGUUGUAGUACCACCUGCUAACAGUAACUGUGUUGUAGUACCACCUGCUAACAGUAACUGUGUGUUGUAGUACCACCUGCUAACAGUAACUGUGUUGGAGUACCACCUGCUAACAGUAACUGUGUUGUAGUACCACCUGCUAACAGUAACUGUGUUGUAGAACCACCGACUAACAGUAACUGUGUGUUGUAGUACCUCCUGCUAACAGUAACUGUGUGUUGUAGUACCACCUGCUAACAGUAACUGUGUUGUAGUAUCUCCUGCUAACAGUAACUGUGUUGUAGUAUCUCCUGCUAACAGUUACCGUGUUGUAGUACCACCUGCUAACAGUAACUGUGUUGUAGUACCACCUGCUAACAGUAACUGUGUUGGAGUACCACCUGCUAACAGUAACUGUGUUGUAGUACCACCUGCUGACAGUAACUGUGUUGUAGUACCACCUGCUAACAGUAAGUAUGUUGGAGUACCACCUGCUAACAGUAACUGUGUUGGAGUACCACCUGCUAACAGUAACUGUGUUGUAGUACCACCUGCUAACAGUACCUGUGUUGUAGUACCACCUGCUAACAGUAACUGUGUUGUAGUACCACCUGCUAACAGUAACUGUGUUGUAGUACCUCCUGCUAACAGUACCUGUGUUGUAGUACCACCUGCUAACAGUAACUGUGUUAUAGUACCUCCUGCUAACAGUACCUGUGUUGUAGUACCUCCUGCUAACAGUAACUGUGUUGUAGUACCACCUGCUAACAGUUACUGUGUUUUAGUACCACCUGCUAACAGUAACUGUGUUGUAGUACCACCUGCUAACAGUAAAUGUGUUGUAGUACCACCUGCUAACAGUAACUGUGUUGGAGUACCACCUGCUAACAGUAACUGUGUUGUAGUACCACCUGCUAACAGUAACUGUGUUGUAGUACCACCUGCUAACAGUAAGUAUGUUGGAGUACCACCUGCUAACAGUAACUGUGUUGGAGUACCACCUGCUAACAGUAACUGUGUUGUAGUACCACCUGCUAACAGUACCUGUGUUGUAGUACCACCUGCUAACAGUAACUGUGUUGUAGUACCUCCUGCUAACAGUACCUGUGUUGUAGUACCACCUGCUAACAGUAACUGUGUUGUAGUACCACAUGCUAACAGUAACUGUGUUAUAGUACCUCCUGCUAACAGUACCUGUGUUGUAGUACCACUGCUAACAGUAAUGUGUUUUAGUAACCACAUGCUAACAGUAACUGUUGUUAUAGUACCUCCUGCUAACAGUACCUGUGGUUGUAGUACCACCUGCUAACAGUAACUGUGUUGUAGUACCAACAUGCUAACAGUAACUGUGUUGUAGUACCUCCUGCUAACAGUAAUGUGUGUAGUACCUCCUGCUACAGUACCUGUGUUGUAGUACCUCACUGCUAACAGUACCUGUGUUGUAGUACCACCUGCUACAGUAACUGUGUUUAUAAGUACCUCCUGCUAACAGUACCUGUGUUGUAGUACCUCCUGCUAACAGUAAACUGUGGUUGUAGUACCACCUGCUAACAGUUACUGUGUUUUAGUACCACCUGCUAACAGUAACUGUGUUGUAGUACCACCUGCUAACAGUAAAUGUGUUGUAGUACCACCUGCUAACAGUAACUGUGUUGGAGUACCACCUGCUAUCAGUAACUGUGUUGUAGUACCACCUGCUAACAGUAACUGUGUUGUAGUACCACCUGCUAACAGUAAGUAUGUUGGAGUACCACCUGCUAACAGUAACUGUGUUGGAUUACCACCUGCUAACAGUAACUGUGUUGUAGUACCACCUGCUAACAGUACCUGUGUUGUAGUACCACCUGCUAACAGUAACUGUGUUGUAGUACCUCCUGCUAACAGUACCUGUGUUGUAGUACCACCUGCUAACAGUAACUGUGUUGUAGUACCACAUGCUAACAGUAACUGUGUUAUAGUACCUCCUGCUAACAGUACCUGUGUUGUAGUACCACCUGCUAACAGUAACUGUGUUGUAGUACCACAUGCUAACAGUAACUGUGUUGUCGUACCACCUGCUAACUGUACCUGUGUUGUAGUACCACCUGCUAACAGUAACUGUGUUGGAGUACUCUGA